CCCACCAACCCCAAAAGCAACAGAGGCGAAAAUUUCAAAACUUCUAUUGAGAGCCUAAAGAGGCACAAACUUCAAAAUCAAAAGCUACGACACGGAUCCCAGUAGCAAUGAACGAGUUAUCUCCACCGUCCGCGGAAACAAAUCAACGCUACGAAACUCAUUUCACCACCAUUCUCCGGAUCCACCCCAAACCCCUUUCCCCUAUAAAGUAUGAACCCACACCCGUAUUCUCAGUAGUCAAUAUUGCCUCCAUUGCUUGAAGUUCAAAAUUCAUCUCCACCAACUGUUUGUGAAAGUUCCAUUUCGUGAAUUUACUAGGAUUUCCACUAGACAAUGUCUGGGCGAGGCAAAGGCGGAAAGGGGCUGGGCAAGGGAGGAGCCAAGAGGCACAGGAAGGUCCUCCGCGAUAACAUUCAGGGGAUCACCAAGCCCGCCAUCCGCCGUCUAGCUAGGAGAGGUGGCGUGAAGCGGAUUUCUGGGCUGAUCUAUGAGGAGACGCGCGGGGUUCUCAAGAUCUUCCUUGAGAACGUUAUACGUGAUGCUGUUACCUACACCGAGCAUGCCAGGAGGAAGACUGUAACUGCUAUGGAUGUAGUUUACGCUCUGAAGAGGCAGGGAAGGACUCUUUACGGGUUUGGUGGUUAGUUUGAGGUUUAUUGUUUUUGAAUUUUGUGUUUUGGUUGGGGAAACAGAAGUCUUGCUGUCAAGAAAAAACAAAUGAAAAAAAAGGGAUAAAGAUGGAUGGAUUUGUGUUUCUUGUUUUAGUGUAAUUACUGUUUUAUUUUUUAGUUCAAUUACCGGUUCAACUUUUUGAGUAGAAAACUUGUAGCUGAUGAUUUGAUGAUUUCUUAAAUGUUAUGAUUAGUCCUACCUAGCAAGAACGUUGCUCUUCUUAUCA